CAUCACCAAAUCACACCAAUUUUGGAAUUUAUAUAAGCUAAUACAGUACUUCCAUGUACUUCCUUUGGAGCCAUCUCUGCUUGCCAGUAUUGGUCUUCAACUUUACCGCUUGAUUACCGUAGAGUCUCAGGUCAUCAUGGCCGCCAUGGCUUUCCUUGCAGCGGCCUUAAUGGCCCAGCUUGCCGCAGCAGAUUGCCAUGACAGUACCGGUGCCACCUGCGCUAGUGGUGCCAGUGGUGCCAGCGGUCAGUCACUGAUCCAAAGCAAAGUUAAGCCAGCGCAACUUUCAACACGCAAAUGCGCUGACCUUGUUGAAGAUGACUGCAGCUUCGACACAGAAGCUGGUGCCAGUUUUCUUUGCAAGAUUGAACACGGCUCGCGGCUGAUGUAUACCACUUGGAUCAGGCCUGGUGCAUCAGUUCUGGAAGUGGGAGCACGCUACGGGCAGACAACAUGUUUGAUUUCGAAGCUUUUGCACCCAAGCCAAGGUGCAAAGCUGUUCUCAUCGGAUGCAGAUCCAGACAUUUGGGAUGUUCUUGAAGGAAAUCUUGCAAAACACAACUGCAGUGCAGAAGUGGUGCGAGGUGUUGUUGGGUCAAAAGGUUUCAAGAUCGUACGAAGAGAUGGAGCAUCUCCUGUGCUCGGCUAUGGGAAGCACACCGUUGACUUGAAUGAUCCACGCCCUGGGACUCCUGUUCCUGCCUUCUCGGUCCAAUCCUUCAACGCUACUUUCGACACUUUGGCCAUCGACUGUGAAGGUUGCUUCGGCACCUUCUUGGAGGAAAAUCCAACUCUUUUGAAGACUCUUUCAAUGAUCAUUGUGGAGGUUCAUCAAGAGAAUGGCCCUGAACAGCAGCAAGUGGAUCGUCUUCUCCAGGAAGGUUGGGAGUUGAAGCAAAGCCUUCGCCGGCAGCGUGUCCUUUGCAAAGGACCUUGUACCAGUCAGUGUGACCAACAGUGGGUCGAUGAGCAUGCACACCAGUACUUCGGAGACCGGCUGUGGUAACUUUGACAUCUCCACAUCCAAGCUGCUUCAGAUAUGACCUUGAAGCUCUUGUUCUCAGUGCAAGGCGG